AUAAUAUUAUGAUAGUUCUGAUAAUCUUUGCUAAUAUAAUUAAAUAACUAAAGAUAAUAAACAAAGCUAAAGUUGAAAUUGUUUCGAAUUGGCAAUACAUGAGGAGAAAAUAUUAAAACAAAAGUGAAAUUUUAAAAGUGUAUUAAAAACAACUUUGCAAUGGUUUGCCAAGGCCCUGAACCGCCAGAUAACUCUGCACAAAACUUAACGCCGCCCCCUAGACACGAGUUGGUAACAAAUGGGCAUGAAGAUAGCGAUGAUGAACAAAACGAACACUUUGGAUACGAGCCGUUACCUCAAGGUCCCGAAGCAGUACAUUCUGAUCGUGAUAGUGAUGACGACUGUGGCGUAAAUGAAGCUCAGCCAGGAGAAACCCCACCUGACAUUCCCCCUAUUGAACCUAUGGAGAGUAUACUAGCUAGAGAGGUAUGGUGUGCACCAAGAACUUCAGAUCCUAUACAGAUGGACAAUGAUAGAGCUCAACAGGUAAUGUUGGCUAUGGCCAAUUUUGCUUUACCUCAGACAUCCAUUCCUGAAUGGGCUCAAAGUAUAACCGAAGAACAAUGGAAGCAAACAUUACAAGAUAGAAUAGAAAAACUAAGAGAAAAUAGAUAAAACAAUCAAAACUA